AUGGUUUGUUUCAACACGGGCUGGACGCAGGCCUGGCUUGAGGACUCUCUGCCCUGUGAGACAGUGAGUAAGAUCCACCUGGUCGACCUAGCAGGAAGUGAGAGGGCUGAUGCCUCCCGCUCCACAGGGACCCGCUUGAAAGAAGCCGCCAACAUCAACAAGUCUCUUGUCACUUUGGGCUGUGUGAUCUCAACCCUCGUCCUGUUCCAAAAUAUAGUCACGACAAAGCGAAAGAAGCAGAUCUUUAUUCCGUACAGAGACUCGGUGCUAACGUGGCUUCUCAAAGACAGCUUGGGCGGAAACUCCAAGACGACAAUGAUCGCAACUGUUUCUCCGGCUGAAGGAAACUACGCAGAGACUGUGAGCACUUUGCAUUAUGCGAGCAGGGCUAAAAACAUAGUCAACUCUCCAAAAGUGAAUGAAGAUAAGAGUGUGAAGGUGAUCCGCGGGCUUCAGGCGGAGAUAGCACAGCUGAGAAAGCUACUAGAGGACGCUAAUCAGGUUCCCAAAGAAGCAUUAUCCUGUGUGAAAGUUGAAGAAAAGUUGAACAUAAAAGAGGCCGAAGUUGCAGCACUGACUAAAGAGUGGACCAUUAAGUGGAAAGAAUCACACAAUAUUUUAAAGGAGGAGACGGUGGCUCUGAGGAAAAGGAGAAGUGGUGUGAUCUUGGACUGCCAGUUUCCACAUCUAAUUGGCAUAGAUGAAGAUCUGCUGGGCGCUGGCAUCAUCCUCUACUAUCUAAAAAGUGGGCUGCUGUCGGCCGUCAGCCUGUCGCCCACUGACACGUUCAAGUCUGCUGAGAGUGUGUCCAAGGUGAUGCUGCAGGGACCGGGGGGAUUUGAGACCUCUAUCCCUGAUGCCCCGACAUGGCAUAGUGUGGAUACAAAAGCCACACCUGUGAAAACUUCUGUCCCUCAUUCACUGGAUGGAGCGGCGCAUCAGGGUGGAGUACACAUCCGGGGCCGUCGUGAGCCGGAGGGGAACCCCUGUCAUAAAUCAGGGGCAGAGCUCUCAUCAAAGGGCCUGCAGAGGAGCGCUGGAGAGCUGCGGUCAGGGGACGGCAGACUUCGGCAGACGAGUGUCCCGGGCCGUGGUGAUGGAUGUGGCUCCGGGCCAGUAGGGAGCGCUAACGAGAUCCAAGGAGUCUGUGCUCACCGCAACGAGGGGAGACGAGGCUCAGAUGGGAUCUCAUUAUCUGCUAUAUCCCACCUGCAGAGUGCGGAAGGAGGAGAGGCAGCACCCGACCCGCAAGGAGCCAGCACACUCGAUUCUCGUCCUCAAUUUGACAAAACUGCUAUUGGCUGUCCUACCACCACACGGGAACUGUCCCUCUACAGAGAGAUGGAUGUAGAUAAGUGGCCAUAUAGGGUGCAGACUCUGAAGGAGCUAUACUUUGGCUUUGCUGGCCACAGUCUGUGCCUCGUUGGGCUAACAGAGGAUGGGGUCCUGGGACUCUACACUUACAGCCAGUCUCUCAGCAGGGAACUGUGCCGGGCAUUACUGGGGCUCCUCUGUCCCACAAAGGGCUGCGUGUCUCAGAUCCCUCUGUUGAGCAAGGACAUGAUGGAGAUGUCUCUGAAGCGGCAGACUCCUGUGCCCGACGUGCUGCUCGAUGGAGGUUUGAGGGUCUCUAGUAGUUUCCAGAGAGGUCUGGCCGAUCUGCUGAGCCUGCUUCAGUCCAACAUCACUCCUAUGCAGAGAAGUCCGGGAGAGGUGCAGCUGCAGCUCUACUGCUGUGUGGGGAUAUGUUUCCCUUCCAAUCUGAGGCUGGUGGGACAGCUCUUUGUCACAGACGCACACCUCGGCCUUGUUCAGGAACACGUGGUCUUCUCAGAUGUCUGCUCCGUCGCCCGGGAGAUGUCGCGUCUGCAGUUUCGGUGUCUGACUGUGCAACGCCUGUGUGAUGUGCGUGGUGUAGUGGUGCGUGAGGAGGACUCUCGUGGAGCUGUCGCUGUGGAUGUAAUCUUAGCAAAUGUGAAGGCCAGAGGUCACCCUGAGAGCGGGAUAGGCUGUGCACAUCCAUCGUCACACGCACAAGUGUGGAAAUUAACUUUCAGCUGCUCUGCUGAGGCCGCCCGCCUGAUUAAUCACUUGUCAAGCAUUUGA